AUGAAAUUUACGUUCUAUCUGUGUAUCCUUGCUGGGGCAUCUUUCUUUGCUCACUCAUCUGUGCAGAAAGAAGACCCUGCUCCCUACUUGGUAUACCUCAAAUCUCACUUUAAUCCUUGUGUGGGUGUCCUCAUCAAAACUGAUUGGGUUCUAGCCCCAGCUCACUGCUACUUACCAAAUCUGAAAGUGAUGCUGGGAAACUUCAAGAGCAGAGUCAGAGACGGCACAGAGCAGACAAUUAACCCUAUCCAGAUUAUCCGUUAUUGGAACUAUAAUGACACCUCCCCCCAGGAUGACCUCAUGCUCAUUAAACUGGCCAAGCCUGCCACCCUUAACCACAAAGUCCAGCCCCUUGCCCUUGCCACCAGCAACAUCCGGCCAGGAACCGUCUGUCUGCUGUCAGGUUUGGACUGGAGCCAGGAGAACAGUGGCAGACAUCCUGACCUACGGCAGAACCUGGAGGCCCCGGUGAUGUCUGACAAAGAGUGCCAAAAAACCGAACAAGGGAGAAACCACAGGAACUCCUUGUGUGUUAAAUUUAUCAAAGUAUUCAGCAGAAUUUUUGGGGAGGUGGCUGUCGCUACUGUCCUCUGCAAGAACAAACUCCAGGGAAUCGAGGUCGGUCACUUCAUGGGAGGGGACGUCGGCAUCUACACCAACGUUUACAAAUACGUGUCCUGGAUUGAGACAACCACUAAGGACAAGAAACACUGA